AUUUAUAUUUAUUAAAUGGGAACUAUAUUUUAAUUCAUAUAAUUUUUAAUAAGCAGCAAUCAACAUGCUAAUUAAAAUCACAACUAUUACUAUUUUGCUGAACCAUGUUUACUCGAUGACUAACAUACAAAUUGAGCAAGGUCUGCGAGCGGCCACCGACCAAACCAAUGCAUUCAUCGCUAAAUUAAACAAAACUAUCCAACACUACGACCAGGAAAUGAAUACAAUGGCUAUCGAAGUAAUGGCUGAGAUUAAAGUGACCCAGCAACUCGCUAAAAACCCUGUACCGUUAGGAUUCAUAUACGUACAACUACCCCAUCAAACUGACCCUGCACACUUGUGGCCUAUGGUUAAGUGGACCGAUAUUACUAGCGAGUAUGCAGGAUUAUUUUUCCGUGUCAUAGGUGGUGACUCGGGUGCGUUUAAUGUGAUUCAGCAAGCUAAUUACUCGCGUAUUGAAUGGAUUAAGACAAAGACCAUGGUAGGUUUAGUGCAUAAUAGGACUCAUGAGGCUAAGGACCACGUCCUUAAUGAGGAAAGUUGGGGUGCGAGUAACCAGUGGGUGCAGGGUGCUUACCUUGCUAACUUUUAUCACAGUCACAGCGAGAAUGUACCGCAAAAUACGGCGAUUAAAGUGUGGAAACGUAGCGCAUAGUUAUCAUUAUAAAUGAUGUAAUGAUAUUAUAAAAGUACCAUG